UUUUUAGUAGCUGCAGAGAGAGAGAAAUGGCUUCUUCUUCUUCCAGCUCUUCAAACUUCCCAUGUGCAGCCUGCAAGUUCUUGAGGAGAAAAUGCAUGCCGUAUUGCAUUUUUGCACCAUAUUUCCCACCCGAAGAACCCCAGAAAUUCUUCAAUGUUCACAAAAUAUUCGGCGCAAGCAACGUUUGCAAACUGAUCAACGAAGUAGCACCCCAUCAAAGACAAGAUGCGAUCAACUCACUGGCGUACGAAGCCCAGGAGAGGUUGAAAGAUCCCGUUUAUGGCUGCGUCGGAGCCAUCUCGGUUCUCCAGAGACAGGUGAUGAGACUCCAAAGGGAAUUGGACGCCAUCCGUGCCGAUUUAAUCCGAUACACCGCCGGCUCCUGCAAUGAGAUGCCGACGACGGUGGGAAGAAGUCGUUUCGAUCAUAAUACCGGUAACUUUUACUAUCCUAAUUCUCAGUGGAAUAGUGAACCUUAUGGAGACAAUGGAGGAUCAGAUGGUGGAAGCCUGUGAUAUUGCUGAAGCAGUAUGUUGUAAUUAAAUAAGCAAA